AUCACUCACUGCUGGAGAGAAACGGUGGCGAAGCUCCUCAUCAAGCUACCAAAAUGGCUCCAAUGUCCGAGGAAGAUCUGGCGUGGUUCAAGUCGACCUUCCGGCCAAUUCCUCGACCCCAGCUCCCGGACGAUGCCAUUGAAUACUCGUUAUACUUGAUUUCAUCGAGCCCCACCCCCGCGUCCGCAGAUGCAGCGGCCCUCUUGCGCACUCGCCUUCAGGAAGUCCAGAGAAGCGCUUCGGAGAUUGGGAAAAAUUUGCUGAAAGAUUACAUUUGGCAACGCGAAGGAUUUGGCCUUCAGAUUACCAAGCAAAAUGAUAGGACUUUUCUUCAAGGACGGACGAGCUUCGGUGACUCGAUUGAAGACGAAUGGGUUGUAGUCUAUAUAUUGCGAGAAUUAACGAGGAAACACAAAGACUUGUGGGUUCGAGUGGUUGACAGCGAUGGUGAAUUUCUGCUCAUUGAAGCAGCCGCAAGUCUGCCAGCGUGGUUAGAACCCGCAGUAGCGGAUAACAGGGUUUGGAUAAACUGUGGCCGCUUAAUCAUCAUCAACCCCAAAAACGAGAAGAAGAAAGUGAUAGAAAAGAUUUCACUGGAGGAAUCAUUGAAGAUUAUUCUCGAGGAUCCUGAUCGGCUCAUGCACUCGACUCGUAUAGAAGAGGAAGCAUUUUAUCGCCUACGAAAAUAUCCCAAACAGAUAGAGGAGAAUUUACAUCGAGCACUUGUGACGGUUCCACGGAAGGUUGCAUACCUUUUACACCAGAAGCCUGCCUACAUCUCACCUGUGGUGGAAGCUUUCUAUAUUCGCGACCCUAUUGCUUUGCGGUCUUUAAAAACAAAAGGGCCUGACAGUCUAUUAUUCCCACCUAAUGAUCUUGUCACUGUCAGUGUUCAAUUUACUAGGGUGGGAUAUGCUCAACUAAAGAGCCAAGAUUUUCCUGCUCCUGCAACAUGGAAGCAUAAGAUUCCUUCUAGUCACGAUAGUGAGACAUAUUUCCAAGCAGAAACCGGGAUGAAAAUAUCGUGUGGGUUUGAAAUGCUCUUGAGUGAUCCGCAAAAUCAAGACAAACCUAUAGUACGAGAAAUAAAACUCUUGCUAGAGGAUAUCGACACUGGUGACGAAACCCUCCCUACAGACGAAGAAAUUAAAAAAGAAUGGAGUCAUCAACAGGAUGACGAACAGUGGAUGGAUAUCAGCUAUGAAGAUCUUGACAGUGAAUUGAAAGGGAGGGCCGGCGGAGGCUCGAAACCAGGGGCAUUUGGCGACCGAAGUGCUCAGGAGAAUCUUCAACGCAUUGUCGCCCGAUUUGAAGAAUUCCUCAACGAUGACUCAGCUAAUUUUGAAGGAGUAGAUCUUUUGGGCUCGGAUACAGAUGAUGAUGAUGAUGGAGAAGAUGACGAUCUUAGCAGCGAUGAUGAGGACCAAGACUUGCCCUUUAACGAGGAGGAAUUUUCAAAUAUGAUGAAAGAAAUGAUGGCUAUGCCUUCGGGCAGCGGCCCUCAAGCACGGCCUCGGCCAGCACGUACCAGUGGCAAGGUUGAAGAGAUAGAAUCUUCAGAUGAUGAGCACAGCAAAAUUGAAGAAAUAUCGCGACAGAUGGAGGCAGAGCUCAGACCAACAGGAAUUCUAGACAUUGACCCCCGAGGGGCAGCUAAACAACCCAAGUCCGUGAAAGGAAAAGGAAAGCAACAGCAGCAGGAAAUCGGUGACGAUUUGGACGAUGACCGCUCUAUCAAUGUUAAUCUUGCUAAUAACCUCUUGGAGAGCUUGCAAAGCCAGGGCGGCAUGCCAGGUCCAGGUAGCAAUCUGCUUGGGAUGAUGGGUAUGAAAAUGCCUCGGGAUGAUCGAAAAUGAUUUAAUGCUGCACUGCACACCUACAUGGGUUCAAACCCCCUAUGCCAUAUAACUUCCGACUGAUCGGUGGUCUGUUUUGGCGGAG